CACCUGACUGAAAUGUUGACAAAGCAAAUCGGGCGACGCGAGAGGGAAGUACAGAGUCUUGUUGAUGAGUUUCUGGUCAGGCUUUAAACUACUGACAUGUCCAGGCAUCAAAUCACGGACAUAUGUGACACUGAGGGCAUCUGUAGUUUAUUUUUCCGUCCUCGUUUGGCUGCACGACCACUGUGACUUUGUACGAAAGCCGCUGUGAGCCCAUGUGAAGGAACAAGCAGAGAGUAGGUAAACAUCGGCACAAGCCAAGCUCAUUGCUGACUGCGGUCAGGAUGGACAUCCAGGAUGAAAGGAGAAGGCUGCUGGAUGCGGAGGGUGGAGACGAGGACCCUACGGGACUCAUGUCUGAGCAAGAUGCUUACCUGAGCAAAGUGAAGAACGGAAAAUUGUACCUGGCUACGUUCGCGUGCGUGCUGGGGCCCAUGAGCUUCGGGUUCGUGCUGGGAUACAGCUCCCCUGCCAUCCCCGAGCUCACCACAAUCGGAGACCCUCGGCUGAGGCUGGAUGGCGACCAAGCCUCUUGGUUUGGGUCUAUAGUGACGUUGGGAGCAGCGGCUGGAGGCCUGCUGGGUGGCUGGAUGGUGGAGAAGAUUGGGAGGAAGCUCAGCCUGAUGUUCUGCUCGCUGCCUUUCGUCUUCGGUUUCACCGUCAUCAUUGCGGCGCAGAAUGUGUGGAUGCUUUACCUCGGCAGGGCGCUCACUGGCCUCGCCAGCGGAGUCACGUCGCUGGUCGUUCCGCUGUAUAUCUCUGAGAUGGCACAUGAACGUGUCCGUGGGAAGCUGGGCUCCUGUGUGCAACUCAUGGUGGUGCUAGGCAUCAUGGGAGCUUACCUUGCAGGACUUUACAUUGACUGGCGCUGGCUGGCAAUCUGUAGCUCCAUCCCCCCGACGCUACUGAUGGUAUGUAUGUGCUUCAUGCCAGAGACGCCACGCUUCCUACUUUCACAGGGCAAGAGGCGGGAGGCUGAGGAGGCGCUGCGCUUCCUGCGUGGACCGGACGCCCCCGUCGAAUGGGAGUGUGCCCGCAUUGAAGAUGCCUGUGAUGAGCAGGGCUCCAGCUUCCAGAUGUCCGACCUGAAGGACCCAGGCGUCUACAAGCCUCUGAUGAUUGGCAUCAUGCUGAUGAUCUUUCAGCAGAUGUCAGGGAUCAAUGCCAUCAUGUUCUAUGCGGAGAACAUAUUUGAACAGGCACAUUUUAAGGAGAGUGACCUGGCUUCAGUGAUCGUAGGUCUCAUUCAGGUCGUCUUUACCGCAGGAGCAGCACUAAUCAUGGACAAAGCAGGAAGGAAAGUCCUUCUCACCAUCUCAGGUGUUGCCAUGGCAAUCAGCACCAUAGCGUUCGGGGUUUAUUUUUACUUGAUGUCCAAAGUUCACCACACCACCUCCCUGAGCGUGUUGAUGCUGGACAUCCAGACCAAGGCUACUGAAGAACCCCCCUCUAACCCAUUGUCCUGGCUGGCUCUGGCCAGCAUGGCUGUCUUCAUCUCAGGUUUUGCUCUAGGUUGGGGACCGAUCCCAUGGCUGGUCAUGUCAGAGAUUUUCCCCGCCAAGGUGAGGGGGUUUGCCAGUGCUGUGUGCGUCCUUACCAACUGGACCAUGGCAUUCGUUGUCACCAAAACCUUCCAAGAUAUGAUGAGUGCUCUAACCAGUGCUGGGACCUUCUGGCUGUUCGCCUCUAUGUGCACUGUCAGCGUCAUCUUCACCGUACUCUUCGUCCCAGAGACCAAAGGCAAGACUCUGGAGCAGAUCGAGGCCACUUUCAGAGGGACGUCGGGUCCAUGAAACUGUCUCUUCAAGAAAAGAAAAAUCUUUUAUCUCUAAACUGACUCUGGGGAAACUGGGCAUUUUUAUAAUUUUUACUAAACCUAUGAAGCUAAUUGAAACACUAUUGUAUGACAGAAACAACUGAAUUUAAUAAAUAAUUUUUGAACAGUUCCUCCACAGACACACAGUUCUGAAUACUGUAAAUGCAAAGACUUUCUUAAAAUCAGGUUUUACUGAAAUUAAACCGCUGUCGCAUAGCACCUUUAGCUUAGCAUCUCUUGGUUUCUUUGAUAGACUAGUUUAAGUGUCAAUUUGAAUGGUAAAGGCAACAACUUUCUUCUACUCUUGUUUUAUCAGUCAUCAGUUUUAAUGAGAAAGUUUGUAAUUUCCACUUUUCGUUUAACUCUACUAAACUUGUUUUACUUCAGCUUUGUUUAGUUCAUAGUUCCGUUUAAGUGACAAUCGAGAUUAGUUUAUUUUAUGUUAGCUGUGAUACUCUCUGUUGGACUAAACUGCCGCCAGGGAGCAAAUCCUCUGUUCCUGCUGACUUUCAGUGUUUGAUCUAUUCAUUACACACCUGUAGUUCUACACUGGUCAGAUCCUUUAAGACUCCACUGUCUCCUGUAGGCCUUGUUGUGAUCAUUUUUCUCCUAGGCUAAAUAUUCAAGAUGGACAAAUUUCCUCAGGUGUCGGACAUUUUGACAGUGUAAUCAAGUUCUAAAGUUCAGCAGAAUGUGUAAGAGUUUCUGUAUAAAGCGCCGCACACAUUGUGGACAUGGCGGAGAGUUGAUGGCAUGGCAUUUUGUUCGAAAACAGAACAAAAGUACAAGUUUUGACUGAGGUGAAUGCAUCGUAAAUAACUGGAGUCUGCUGUUUACAACGAGUUACCAGCCAGGGUCUGUGAAUUGUAAAGAAUGUGCUUAGGUAAUAACUUUAAAUCAUUGUAAGGUAAGGUACUCUUAUAAAGAAAAUGUUUUAAACGUGUCAACUGACUUGUGCCAAUGCAAACUGUGAUGUAAUUUUAACUUCAGAAGUGAUGGGUCUGAAGAAACAAUAUAUAUAUAUAUAUAUUUUUUUUUUUACAAUUUAUGUUAUUUUUCUCCAAUCUUUUUUUAUUUGUCCAUUUUUUUUCUGUUGGUGGGAUAUUUGUAAUGUGUAAAAAUUCACAAAUAUGUAUAUUAUUUACAGAUUGUGAAGUGAGACUGUACAAAAUUAAAUGACACUCUUUGUCUCAGUUUCCCCA